AUGAAAAACAAUAUGAACACUCCCGUACUUCUACUUCUUGCCCUAGGGACCAUUCCAGCCCUAGGAUGUGCCAACGAUAUCAACCAGUUAUGCUCGAAAACGCCCUUCCCUGGCGUGUGUCUCUCGACUCUCCAGGCCAAUCCCAAGAGCAACGGCGCCACCAUCAAGCAGCUGGGCCUGAUCGUGGUGGCCAAGGUGGAAAACACCGUGAAGGUGGCCGAGAAGAAGAUUGAGACCGUGGUGGUCUCGAGGGAGGCCUUCAUUAAGGGCGAUUACAUAUUCGCAGAGCUGUACAUGACCGAUGCCUUGAAUGCCCUUGGGGAGUGCGAGGAUGGUUCCCGGCCGGGCAGUCACCGGUGA